ACAUUCAGUUGAGUUUGAACUUUCGGUGCGUACGGACGUGUUCUCGUUUCGCGUCGCCGUCGUCUUGAAUGCGUUGCGCGCCGUUCACUGUUAGAAUCUUGAGUGUUAUGUGUUGUUUGAUAGAGUCAGUUCCCUUCACCGUGUAGUGCGUCUCUUUCGUUCCUUCGUGCGUGGGAUACGGCGAGGAAAGGUGUUUUCUUGACCAUAUUUAUUUAUUAUUUUCUUGCCUUCAAGUUCGUGGGCUGGUAUACGUGUGUGGAUGUGGCUGGUGGAGUUCUGCAGGGUGAAUUAGCUCCAUCCAGCAGCAGCAGCAGUGUUGUGUGUGGUGUUCCAAACAAGGAAAAGUGAAGAAAACGAGCAACCAAAAGCAAAUAGUUUUUCACAGAUUUUCGGCCGACGACCGAAAACGGCAAUUUAAUUAAGUUUGGUUCUGUGCAACGUGUAACCCGUGAGGUGUAUUUAUGGUGUGCUGUUUGAAUAUUGCUUUUUGAUAUCUUCGUUGUUCGUUGGUGACCUGUGUCUGGCGGAGUUUCUCAAUGAGGAUCCUUUAGCAGAGCGAAGCAAACCAGAAAGUACGCCAAAAUGGGAAUCAAUUUUCUUCUAGCUCCAACGAUUGGAGUGUUCCUGAUACUAGUGCUAUGCCCCUCGCGGUCCGCAUCGAUCCAGGUGGAGAAGGAAGCCUACUUCAAUGGUUCAGCGUACCUGAGGCUAAAGACGCCAAUGACCCUGUGGAGCCAUUCGGCGAUUAGUUUUAAGACCUGCCGAGGUGGAGAAAUACUAUCACAGCGCUACGCGGGUCAUGCACUGCUGGUGUCAGUGCUGCCGGACUCGGUUUCAAUAGUGCUAUCGGCGCCAAGUACUCAGCCCAUCGAGGCACGCGUUCCGGGUCGAUACCUGGACAACCGAUGGCACACGCUGCAGUUCGUGUACCAGUUGGGAACGUUGUACUGCAUCAUCGACAAGCAGUCCUCGACGAUCGCCAACCAAACCUACAAUACUCAGCUGAUCCUGGAUCAGGAGAUCAAGAACGAGGCAGCGGUCCUGAUAUUGGGCAAGCAGUACUCGGGAUGCUUACUGCACGGACCCGGGCUGGUGUUCAAUGCAAGCGCAAUGAAUGCCGAAGCGGUCGUGUUUGGCCCGUGUCCCUUGGCACCGGGUCCAUGUACCGAUCAUGACGUUCUGACUGGAGUUCCACCGGACUAUUGUUCCCAUGAUCCUUGCAUGCAACAUGGGACGUGCAUUUCCAGGUCCGAUGGAUACGAGUGCCACUGCACUGCUAGGUUUAAGGGCAAGAACUGCGAGGUCGAUACCGGACCUCCAUGCCAGGCACAUCCCUGCCAACAUGGUGCUACCUGUACGGAGGAUACCAAAGGAGACUACAAAUGCACGUGUUCCCCUGGUUAUACCGGAUCGUAUUGUGAGACGGAACUGAGCGUUCAUCCGCUGUGUGAGAAGAACCCAUGUAUCAACAAUGGAACCUGUCGAGUUCCACAAAAUACAAAUUCCUACGAGUGCGAGUGCUUGAAGGGAUUCAUUGGAACAAGAUGCGAAAUCAACUGGGACGACUGCAAACCCAAUCUAUGCCUAAACGGCGGACGAUGCGUGGACGGAGUUGAUGCUUUCACAUGUGACUGCAAGGGUACGGGAUACGGAGGCACUUUGUGCCAGAACAACAUUGACGAAUGCCUGGUAAGCCCUUGUUUGAACGGGGGAACCUGUUUCGAUACGUACGGAUCAUAUCUGUGCGAAUGCCCUACGGGAUUCACCGGUGCCAACUGCCAGCUAAGCAUCAACGAGUGCAAAUCCCAACCCUGUCAGCAUGGUGGAACCUGUAUUGGCACUCAGGAAGGCUUCGACUGUCGCUGUCCACCGGGCUAUUCCGGGCUGUACUGUGAACUUGAAUCUGGCUGUGGCCAGUGUCCCAUCGAUUCCGACUGCAUCGCUGGACGGUGCGUCUGCAAACCAGGUACUACGGGCUUGGUUGGCCACUGCGUAGAGCAGCACGCCGCCGGCACUAGCUCCAUACAAAAUCCGCUCGUAGCGAACGCCCAAAAAACGGCCCAACAGCCACCCACUGCAUGUUCAGACUAUUGCUACAACGGCGCCAGCUGCGUGCUUGCCAGCACCGGCCCGUCGUCGAUCGCUAGUGCCAACAGCAGAAAUUUCACUUGCAUUUGCGCUACCGGAUUCACAGGUUCCCGCUGUGAAUCUCCCAUCGCGUUACCGUACUCGGACGAGUGUCAGUGCCUCAACGGAGGUAGCUGCACCCCGAACAGCUCAACCUGCAUCUGUCCGCAAGGCUUCGACGGACCACGCUGCGAACUGACGGCAGUGUGCAGUCCUUCCAACUGUCAGGAACCGUUCCGCUGUAUCGGCGGGAAGUGUCAAUGCCCUGACAAUAUGAACUGCGAAAAUGUGUGUGCGUCGAGUCCGUGCCUUCACAAUGGCUCCUGUUACCCGCAGGGACAGGACUACAUCUGCAAGUGUCCGCCCGGGUACGAGGGCAAACGGUGCGAAAAUGACGUCGAUGAGUGCAAAACCAAGGAUAAGAUCUGUGUCAACGGAAUUUGUCAGAAUACGCCCGGUUCGUUUAGGUGCUUCUGUACGCCGGGCUAUACCGGGUUGAACUGUGAUCUGGAUGUGGACGAGUGCCUCAGCCAUCCGUGCAAGAACAAUGCUCAGUGUGUGAAUAAGGAAAACGAUUUCGAGUGCAUCUGUCCGCCGGGGUACAGUGGCAAGGAUUGCAGCACGGAUAUCGACGAGUGCGAGAGUAACCCCUGUACGAAGGGAUCGACGUGCAUCGAUCGGGUGGCGAAUUUUACCUGCAUGUGUAUUCCGGGAAUGACGGGACGGCUGUGCGAGAUCGAUAUCGAUGAUUGUGAGCCCCUGCCCUGCAAGAACGGAGGCCGCUGCAUCGACCAGCUGGGAGGCUACCUGUGCGACUGCAACCAAACCGGCUACUCAGGGUCCAACUGCCAGCACAACAUCAACGAGUGCGACUCGAACCCGUGCUCCAACGGAGCCGAGUGUAUGGACAAAAUAAACGACUACCAGUGUAAGUGCUACGCCGGCUAUACGGGCAAAAACUGCGAGGAGGACAUCGACGAGUGUGAGUCCAACCCGUGCCAAUACUCGGGAAAAUGCCUGCAGAGAUCGAACGUCACGCUGUACUACCUGAACAACUACACCAAGAAUUUGCCGGCCAUCUUUUCGCAGCAGUUUUCGUUUGAAAACGCAAGCGGUUACGAGUGUAUCUGUGUUCCCGGAACGAUGGGGAAGAACUGUGAGAUCAACAUCAACGAGUGCGACAGCAGUCCGUGUAAGAAUGGAAACUGCGUCGACGGUAUUGGAAACUACACGUGCGAGUGUGAACCGGGCUUUGAAGGAGCGCACUGUGAAACGGACAUUGAUGAGUGCUUGAAGUACAAACCGUGCAUUCACGGAACGUGUAUGGAUGGACGCAAUAACUACAACUGUGAUUGUGACGAGCUGUGGGGAGGGAAGAAUUGCUCAGUUAGACUGACGGGUUGCGUUAACGAACCGUGUUUGAAUGGUGGAGGUUGUAUACCUUACUUGGAGAACGAGACGCAGCACAAGUUCAACUGUUCGUGCAAACAAGGGUUCCAGGGAAUGACCUGCGAUACGGUGACUACCAUGUCUCUGGCUGCUAAUAGCUUGUUGACCGUUAAUACAUCCCGCGAUGAAGGAUAUGAUAUACAGCUUAGGUUUAAGACUACGUUACCAAACGGAAUUCUAGCUUUCGGGAAUGGAGCUACCUCGUACAUUCUAGUACUGAAUAAUGGUCGACUGAACUUGCACUCCGCCUUGCUGAAUCGUUGGGAAGGUGUGUUCAUUGGAUCCGGACUGAAUGACAGCAAGUGGCAGAAGGUGUUUGUUGCGAUCAAUUCGUCUCACUUGGUUCUAUCCGCUAACGAAGAGCAAACCAUUUAUCCAAUCAAUUCUUACGAAGGUACAAACGGUAGCAAUACCUCUUUCCCGGUAACCUAUCUAGGCGGUACAACACCAACGCUAGCUCAACCUUAUUUGAAGCACAUCGCCAGGGCAGUCUCAAGCUUCGUCGGUUGUAUGGAAGAUGUAGUGAUCAACGGCCAAUGGGUUCUUCCUGGUAAGGAGCAGGAAUUCACCUCUCUGCAUAACAUCGUUACAGGAUGUCCAAGAACUCCUCAGUGCGAGCCGAACCCCUGUAAUUCGAACGGACAUUGUACCGAUCUAUGGCACACGUUCGCCUGUAGCUGCCAGCGUCCUCAUCUUGGCCAUACCUGCAAGUACAACAUCACGGCAGCAACAUUCGGACACGAAAAUACCACUCGAUCAGCCGUUAAAGUGAUUGUAAGUGAUACCGCUCGGAGAGCUAUUCGAUCAGUGUUGGACAUUUCAAUGUUUAUUCGAACACGACAAGCAUCCGGAAUGGUGUUCUACUUGGGCAGUGAUCCGGAUAUGAACAGCACCCCGGGAGAUGACUCCUACGUGGCUGCUUUCCUGUCCAAAGGAGAGCUGCUGGUGCGAAUGAUCUUCAACGAUACCCCGGAAGGCUACACUGUCGGUGGUAACAAAUUGGACAAUGGCUACCUCCACUUGAUCGAAGUCAUUCGGAAUUCUACCUUAGUGCAGGUCAAAUUGAACGGCACCGAAUACUUUAGAAAGACACUCUCUUCAUCCGGGCAGCUAAAUGCACAAGUUCUGUACCUGGGAGGACCACCACCGUACGCCGAAUCGAUUUACAGCUUGUACAAAGAUGAAUCGGAAAAGCAGUAUUUUAAAGGUAUUAUUCAAGAUGUUCAGGUGUCCAAUGGAUCGCACGCAAUGAUCGUGGAACUGUAUCCAUUGAACGAGGACGGUCUAGUGCUGCCACCUCCAUUCGGAGAAGUUUUCAUCGAUCGAUCCUCUGUUUUGGAGGGUAUCGUGACGGAUGACCUGUGCCGAACCCUACCCUGCAAGCACGACGCCAUCUGUGCCAACACUUGGAACGAUUUUGUGUGCACCUGCCCCCGAGGAUACAAGGGAAAACUCUGCCAGGAGAUCCAAUUCUGUGAGCUGCAAAAGUGUCCGCAGAAUGCGACCUGCCAAAACUUGGACACCGGCUACGAGUGCAUCUCCAACAUGACCUUCCACGACGACAACGAACCGCUCAAGUUUGCCUUUAACGCGGGCGGCGAUCAGCUGCCCUACACUUCCAAGGACAACAACAUGGACACCAUCGAGAUCUCCUACAGGACAAAGUUCGGAGGAACGCUGCUGUACGUGCAGGAAAGUGAUAUGUACUUUGAAAUAUCGACGUUCAAAAAGUUGGUAACCAUUUCUUGGAGGCUAUCGGUUGACCUACCGGAGCAGUAUCGGUUCGAGUACGACCAGGACGAUAACUACGGAUGGCACACCGUGUUCAUUAAGGUUUCCUCGAAUGGAAAACUGGAAGCCGGAUGGAAGGGUUGGGAAGCGACACAGGAUCCACAACCACCCAUCUCGGUCAACAUUGACUAUUUGGCGUACAAACAUCUAUUCUCAGGAAAGCACUUUGUCUACUUGGGUGGAAUGCCAGCAUUGUCACACAUCGAGAAUAAUUCAGUGGUGAAUGGCGGAAUCGAUAAGGGUUCCAUGUUUAAGGGAUGUCUCGGUGAGACCAGGGUUGGUGGUUACUUACUGCCGUACUUCCCGCAUGACGUCAUCUAUCCGGACACAUUCCAAUUUACUGGUCCGCAUUUCAAUCUGAACUCCAGUCAACCCGAAGAGGGAUGUAUCUUGUGUUUCCAGCAGUCCUGCAAGAAUGGCGGCGUUUGCAGUAAUCCAUCGGAGCAAUACGCUUGCGAUUGCCCGGCCGGGUACGAGAGUGACGACUGUUCACAGAACAUCGAUGAAUGUCUGACUGCCAACUGUACCAACAAUUCGACCUGUAUUGACGGAGUGGCCAGCUUCACGUGUCAGUGCCUGGAGGGAUACGAAGGCGACCUGUGCCAGUUCGAAAUCGACGAAUGCAUGUCCAAUCCUUGCCACAAUGGAGGAUCCUGUACGGAUCUGGUGGCUGGGUUCUCGUGCGAAUGUACCGAGGAGUAUGCCGGUCCACAGUGCGAUGUGUUCCGGCUGGUGACCUGCGAGAAUCUACCCUGCAGGAAUGGGUCCAUCUGUAUUGAUGGGUUUAAUUCCACAACGGGUAACAAUUUCACGUGUUCUUGUAAAACUGGGUUCUCUGGGUCGCUGUGCGAUAUUCCAUUCUGUCAACUUGAGGAAUGCCAGAAUAGUGCUAUUUGUAUGACAAACGAUGAAAAUGUUCCGGUGUGUCGCUGUGUUCCCGGCUACACGGGACGAUUGUGCGAAAUCGAAAUCGACGAGUGCGAAUCGAUGCCGUGCUUCAACGGUGGUCAGUGUAUCGAUUUCAUCAACGACUACAAAUGCAACUGCACGGGGACAGGAUUCGAAGGGAAGAACUGCGAGAUCGACAUUGACGAGUGCUACGAACUGAGGAUCAACUGCGGUGGACGAGGGUCCUGCAUCAAUACACGGGGUUCAUUCAAAUGCCAAUGCGACGAGGGCAUGUGCGGUAAAGAAUGCGCCGAAGUAGAUCCUUGCAUACAGAAUCCAAACCUAUGCCAGAACGGUGGCGUUUGCAUAGAAGACUGCGACAAGGAGCACCGGUAUUACUGCAACUGUACGAUCGGUUACACCGGUAUCAACUGCUCCGAACAGGAUGGCAGUACGGUUACAGAAAUAACCUCCUAUAUGGAUACGGUCUACUACUAUGUCGAUAAGAUUGUGGGGAGUGCUGCACUAGAAGCCGAGGGAACAUCCGGAGCGGACAUUGCGCUCAUCGUGGUACCGGUGGUGAUCGGCAUCCUGGCGAUAGCGGGCGCCCUGAUCGGUGCGUUCCUGGUGACGGCACGUAACAAACGGGCCACCCGAGGAACGUACAGCCCCAGCGCCCAGGAGUACUGCAAUCCAAGACUGGAAAUGGACAACGUGCUAAAACCGCCGCCCGAGGAACGACUUAUCUAGUGGGGUGCCACCACUAUUCGUUUAAAUGUUUCCUUGUUGUACCUUUAGCUAGUUUGUAGACUUUGUUUUUUGAAGAGAUGGAAUGGAAACAAACAAGAAGACGAAGAUCAAAAUCCCCCUCCAAUGGGUGUGUUGUACACAGGUAUCGUUUGUAGAUAUGUGGAAAUAUUAUGAUCUUGUUGAAACCACGUGCCCGUCCACGUUUGUUGGUUACAUUUUUGUGAAUAGAAACAAAACUUUUACUCAUUGUAGGAUAAUGCAAAUUAAUUUAAAAUACCUAUCACUGACGGAUAGGUUAUACUUACGCCUAACCCUACUUUGCUAACGAAUCAGUUUGUAAAGCGAGGAGUCUAGUUAGAUCACCUAACUAGAUGCGGACUGCUGUACUUAAGAAAAAAAAAAAGAGAAUGCGAUUCAAGCAGAAGCGACCGAACGAAUCGCGCGAGAAAAGUUCAUUUUAAUUAUUACUUAGAAGAAAUAUUGUGAUAUAAAUCCUACCCCUUAGAAGCAGUACAUUAAGGAGAAAGUAUUUUAACAUAACUAAUAACAAUUCCUAACUACAACACGCAGGAGAACGAAUCUUUUAAUCAAUAUUGCAUUCCUUAAAGGACUUUUACAAGCUCCGUCCAUAUAGCCUGUGACUCUAGUAAGAAAGCAUGAACAGAUAGAAAUCAAAGUGUUGGAAAACGUCUAAAUUCAAGUGCCGUAUAUUCUUUUCGAAUAAACAAUCUUCUAAUCUAAUUGUGCGAGUACAUUCCAAUGCAAACUAUUCAAGUUUGGAUCGUUUUAAUUUAUUUUUCGAGAGUUUUAAUUAAUCACAAAUCAAGCUAAUAUCGGAAAGCCUCAUUCAAUCAAAAAAGAGAUAUAGACAAAGGAAAUCUGACAUGUUUUAGGAAACCCUUUCGCUGCAUACCGACUGACAUUCUAGAAGAAGAAGAAAACAUGGGUAACGAAAACAAAUGAUGCCUACAUUUUAAACUAACUUGUAACAGUAGCAACUAAGCGAACGAUAGUUUUGAUAAGCACGACAAAGAUCAACAAUAAAUAGGAAACAAAAUCAGAAUGAGAGAAAUCUGAGACGACUACUUAGGAACCGUUGCAGGUUAACAGCGCGUUGUUCGAAAGAAUGCGAAUAAUUUCUGGAAUUUCUUCAUCUUCUUUUUUUACGAUAGCGAAAAUGAAAAGAAAAACUAUUUUGUAAAGUAGACCGUAGAGAGUAUAUUUUUAGAUCUAAUACCUACGUCGUUGCUAGGAUAAUGUGUAAAAUAAAACAGAUAUUUAAAAGAACC